UUAUAAGCGCCGAGGAGGCGCUGGGGCGAGCGGAGCGCAGGGCGCAGGGGCUGGACCCGGCGCCGAGAGCGGGCCGAGCUGAGUCCUUUGUGCCUGGGGACCGCCCGGGAUGCGUCCGAGCUAGGAGUCAGGUCCAGGAUGGGGGCCACAUCUGUCUGGGCCUCAGGCCUCCUCAUGCUCCAGAUGCUGCUCUUUGUGGCAGGGGAGCAGGGCACACAGGACGCCACCACAGCUGCUGCCACCACCGAGAAGGGGCUCCGCAUGCAGAAGGUGGGGUCUGGGUCGGUCCGGGCUGCACUGGCAGAGCUGGUGGCUCUUCCCUGUCUCUUCACCCUGCAGCCACGGCUGGGUGCAGCCCGGGAAGCCCCUCGAGUCAAGUGGACCAAGGUGCGGACCGCAUCAGGCCAGCGGCAGGACUUGCCCAUCCUGGUGGCCAAGGACAAUGUGGUUCGAGUGGCCAAGGACUGGCAGGGACGUGUGUCACUGCCUGCCUACCCCCGGCACCGGACCAAUGCGACGCUGCUGCUGGGGCCGCUGAGAGCCAGCGACUCCGGGCUCUACCGCUGCCAAGUGGUGAAGGGCAUCGAUGAUGAGCAGGAUCUGGUGCCCCUGGAGGUGACAGGUGUUGUGUUCCACUACCGGGCAGCCCAGGAUCGCUAUGCGCUGACCUUUGCUGAGGCCCAGGAGGCCUGUCAUCUCAUUUCGGCCACCAUUGCAGCCCCGCGGCAUCUACAGGCUGCUUUUGAGGAUGGCUUUGACAACUGUGAUGCUGGUUGGCUGUCUGACCGCACUGUUCGGUAUCCUAUCACCCAGUCCCGUCCUGGUUGCUAUGGUGACCGUAGCAGCCUUCCAGGGGUGAGAAGCUAUGGGAGGCGAGACCCACGGGAACUUUAUGAUGUGUACUGCUUUGCCCGGGAGCUGGGGGGCGAGGUCUUCUACGUGGGCCCGGCCCGCCGCCUGACGCUGGCCGGCGCGCGUGCUCAGUGUCGCCGCCAGGGCGCCGUGCUGGCCUCGGUGGGACAGCUGCACCUGGCCUGGCACGAGGGCCUGGACCAGUGCGACCCGGGCUGGCUGGCGGACGGCAGCGUGCGCUACCCGAUCCAGACGCCGCGCCGGCGCUGCGGGGGCUCAGCCCCCGGCGUGCGCACCGUGUACCGCUUCGCCAACCGCACGGGUUUCCCUGCGCCUGAAGCGCGCUACGACGCCUACUGCUUCCGAGCCCAUCACCCUACACCACAGCAUGGAGACCCAGACACCCCCUCAUCUGGGGAUGAGGGGGAGAUUCUGUCUGCAGAAGGGCCCCCAGUCCAAGAACUGGAGCCCAGCCUGGGGGAGGAGGAGGUGGUCCCCCCAGACUUCCAAGAGCCUCUGGUGUCCAGUGGGCAGGAAGAGCCUGUGAUCUUGGCAGAGAAGCCAGAGUCUCAAGAGGCAACUAGCCCUGCCCCUGGGGGUCCCACACUAGCCCCAACGCGGGCCCUGGAGGUUGAAGAGGAGUGGCUGCACAUGGUGGCCCCCAGUCCCAGCAGCACAGAGGCAGGCACAGUGGCAGGUGUGCACACAGAGGUGACCUCAGGUGGGCCCACGCCCAGGAGGAAGGGGCGCUUUAAAGGGUUGAACGGGCGCCACUUCCAGCAGCAGGAACCUCAGCCAGGGCUGGAGGGGGUGCUCAAGGCCAGUGCCCAGCCCCCAGCCCCAGAGGCUGCUGGAAAUCACGUGGAGCACCCCCUGGCCCUGGGAGCCACAGACUCUGCAGGGAGCGGCCGGAGCCAAAGCCCCUGGGAGGUGCUGACCAAUGAGGUGGAUGUGCCUGGAGCUGGUUCCCCUGGUGGCAGGAGCCCCCCAGAGCCCUGGCUGUGGCCCCCAACUGUGGUCCAACCCAGCAUCCCAGGCCCCAGCAGGGCCCUUGGCCUGGAACUAGAAGAAGCUGAGGGCCUCAGCGGGAGGCCAGCCACCCCUGAUCUGCCCUGGUCCCCCUUGGAGGCCACUGUCCUGGCUGUCAGCCCCUUGGAGGGCCCCAGCACUGCCCCCAGGGAAGCAUCCCCCACAGUCACUUCCCCAGACCUCCCUGUCAUAGCCAUGCUUCGUGCCCCCAAAGUGUGGCUCCUACCACACUCUACGCCCCUCUCCACCCAAGCCAAUGGGGUCGAGGGACGUGGUGAGACCAUGGCUGCUGCCCCACCCUCUGCUGCCUCAGAGAUAGAGGACAGCCCCCAGGACCCCAUCCAUCCAGAAAUGUAUUCCUUGCCUCCCUCCUUGGGCCCAACAGGACAGGGUGGAGAGGGCACGUCGCUGUCACUCAGUGGCCAUGAAACAGGAAGUCCCAUGGCCCCUUUGCAGGCAGUCACAGAUGAACAAGCUGGAGCCAGUCCUGACACCCCCAGGGCGGCUUUCAGAGAAAUUGGGGGCAUCCGCCCUCCUAGGCUCGGCAAAGCUGAGCAUCCCAGCCCCAGCCCACAGGUCUCUAUGGACAGGAAUGUGGCAGCCAGUUUCACCCCCACUGAGAUUGCCAUUGAGCCGGUGGCAGUGAGGGACAUCUCAGGGUCUGGGUCUGGGGUCUUCAGCACUGCAGAGAACCCCACCUCCAGCCUGGCAGAGGCCACAAUGGACAAGGCACAGGGCAUGUGGCCAUCAGUGCACAGCAAAGCGCCAGACCCCUGCCCCCCAUCUGCACCCUCAGGGGUCCCUGGAGUCUUCCUGACACCUGAGGGAGCCCUGAGUUUGGAGACCUGGACUGCUUCCACUGGAGGAGCCACAGUGGGUCCCACGGGUGCCAUAGCCACACUGGACCCUGGAGAUGCUGGUGGGAUUUGGGAACCUGGAUCCCACGCAGUUGAGGAAGCUGCAAGCCCCACCUUGAACCCUCAAAUGGCUACGGAUUCAAGUGUGGUGACAUCCCUCAUGUCCCCGGACCAGGGGGACGAGGCUGGCAUCCUGGCCAUGUCCCCAGUGACCUCUUCAAGCUCCCCACCCCAGCCAAAACUGGAGGGCCAGAUGGUGACCCAGGGGAUGCUGGGGGCCUCAGCCCCAGGCAGCCCCCCAGGGAAGCCCACUCUUUCUCCCUGGAUACUGACAGCAGCCAGCACAGACAAGCCCAUCUCAGUUUUUUGUGGGGAGCCUACAGCGCCAUGGGACUCCCUUGGCACGCUUCUGCCUGCCUCCCUGGGGCCAGAGGAAUUUGAGCUGGAGGACUUGGCAGGGAGCCCAGGUGUGGAGGGCUUCUGGGAGGAGGCAGCGAGUGGAGAAGAGCCAGCCCUGCCAGGCGCCCCUGCAAAUGGGAGUGCAGAGGAGGCCGCCUCGGAUCCCUGCGAGAACAACCCUUGCCUGCACGGAGGCACCUGUAAAGCCAAUGGCACCAUGUACGGCUGUAGCUGUGACCAAGGCUUCACUGGGGAGAACUGUGAGAUCGAUAUCGAUGACUGCAUCUCCAGCCCUUGUGAGAAUGGAGGCACCUGCGUCGAUGAGGUCAAUGCCUUCAUCUGCCUUUGCCUCCCCAGCUAUGGGGGUAGCCUGUGUGAAAAAGACACAGAGGGCUGUGACCGCGGCUGGCACAAGUUCCAGGGCCACUGCUACCGCUACUUUGCCCAUCGGCGAGCGUGGGAGGACGCCGAGAGGGACUGCCGCCGCCGAGCCGGCCACCUGACCAGCGUCCACUCACCUGAGGAACAUGGCUUCAUUAACAGCUUUGGGCACGAAAACACGUGGAUCGGCUUGAACGACAGGAUUGUGGAGAGGGAUUUCCAGUGGACGGACAACACCGGGCUGCAAUAUGAGAACUGGCGGGAGAACCAGCCUGACAACUUCUUCGCGGGUGGGGAGGACUGUGUGGUGAUGGUUGCACAUGAGAGCGGGCGCUGGAACGACGUUCCCUGCAACUACAACCUCCCCUAUGUCUGUAAGAAGGGCACAGUGCUAUGUGGUCCUCCUCCAGCUGUGGAGAACGCCUCACCCAUUGGUGCCCGCAAGGCCAAAUAUAAUGUCCAUGCCACUGUCCGGUACCAGUGUGAUGAAGGAUUUGCCCAGCACCAUGUGGCUGUCAUCCGGUGCCGGAGCAAUGGCAAGUGGGAUCGGCCCCAAAUUGUCUGCACCAAACGCGGUCCCAUCGAAUGCGGCGACACCAUCACCACCACCAGCACCACCACCAGCAUCGCCAUCACAAAUCACGCAAGGAGCGCAGAAAACACAAGAAACACCCAGCAGAGGACUGGGAGAAGGAAGAAGGGAAUUUCUGCUGAAGAACCAGGCAAAAGAAAGCACAGUCCCCCUUCCCACACCUCCUCAGAGCCUUCACCUGGGGAGACAGAACCCAGAGAGAAACGAGGGUCUGGAAGGCCUCUAGCCCCAAACCACAUCUCCCUCUACAUAAUCCUUUGUAAAAAGCUCCUCUCUCCUCUUUCUUACAUACGCAGGUCUUGGCAGGCAUAGCCAUGUGUCUGAAAAGUCAGUUCUAGUCAGGCUGAACUCUGGGAGCAUCACCCAGUGGAGGGAAGCACAAUCAGCAUAGAUCAUUCUUUAGUUUUGUCUCUUGUUUUGACAAGGUUGAUUGCCAGUUGCUGAAAUAAGGUUUUGAUGAGGUUGCAAGAGUGUAGAGUUUUGCAUUUUCAUUAAGGAAUUGCUUUUCACACCAGAGAAUCAGGUUUGGUAAACCGUCAGAAGUCCUAAAUGCAGGCUGAAGCCUUUAGUUAAGUCAUAGCUUUGGGAGUAUAAAACUGUAUGAAAGCACACAGCUUGAACUUGAUGGCCACUCCUCCUUCACCUUCAACUUGAUUCGGUCUUUGGCCUUGGUGGAUAAAUAGAGUACUCAACUCCUAUACACUGAAUUUUAGGAAUGUUGUUGGAACAGCCUCCCUCCAUGCCCUCAGACUCAGGGGUCAGGACAGUCUGAGCAGUAUGUGGACCAUGGAGGGAAGGUGUAUUGCUUACCCGCCCAGGUCUAGUACCCUGCUGAGAUUUGUUGUUUCUGCAUGUGUGAUGUUUCUCUCAUACACAGAUGACAGGAUUUUUAGGGCUCAACAUGCCCAGAUUUAUUCCCUCUCCAUCUCUCAGGGAGACAAAGAACCUCCUUUCUGGACCAACAAGGUGCCAAGUUUUCUAGUUCAGUGCCCAUGCCCACCCCCUAAGCAGACAUUGGUAGUAUCCUUGCCCUGGGUCCUACCUUUAAUCCUCACUCCGUCCCUGUCUCCAUGCAUUGCCUGGCAUGCUAGAAACACUUAAAACUUAUGUAGUGACGUCUACCUGCCAUCAUGUUUUAGAGAGAUGAACAGUAUUCAAACCAAAACACACACGCGCACAUGCGCACACACAAAUUUUUCUCUCGUGUUUUUAAGAUUUUUUAAGUAGGAAAGAAUUCACUUGGCCUUCCUCCCCGAAAUCCACAUCCUUUAAAAGGACUUUCCAAGCAGAGAGCCAGAAUCCAGCUCCCUAAUCUCUUGUGGGAAAGAGCCACAGCUUUUUCUCCAUGUUUUGUUCACUCUCAACCAUUCUCGUUGGGUAAAGUCUGUGGAUUAGUUAGUGGAGAAUGACCCCUCUGCAGGAAAGAAAAAAUAA